AUGGCGGAAGCAGGAGGAUCAGAUAAGGCGGGCGCAUCGGCAGGAGGGGGAGUUGAGUCGCUGAAAGAUAAAGGAAAUGAGCAUUUCAAAGCAGGGAACUAUCUCAAGGCCGCUGCACUCUACACUCAGGCCAUCAAGCAAGACCCUAACAACUCCACUCUUUAUAGCAACCGCGCUGCGGCAUUUUUGCAAUUGGUUAAGCUUAGCAAAGCCCUUGCUGAUGCAGAGACCACAAUUAAAUUGAACCCCCAGUGGGAAAAGGGAUAUUUCAGGAAAGGAUGCAUAUUAGAGGCCAUGGAACAAUAUGAUGAUGCUUUAGCUGCUUUCCAAACAGCUUUGCAAUAUAACUCACAAAGCACAGAAGUAUCAAGAAAGAUAAAAAGGAUUUCUCAGUUGGCGAGAGAUAAAAAACGUGCUCAGGAGGUGGAGAAAAUGAGAUCCAAUGUUGAUAUGGCAAGACAAUUGGAUAAACUGAAAUCUGAAAUGUCUGGGAAGCGUGGAUCUGAAGAAUGUUGGGAAGACAUGUUUGCUUUCCUUGUUGAGACAAUGGAGACAGCUAUAAAAUCAUGGCACGAAACUUCUAAAGUGGAGGCUAGAGUUUACUUUCUCCUAGAUAAGGAAAAAACAGACACCGAGAAAUAUGCUCCAGCUGUGAAUAUUGAUAAGGCCUUUGAAUCACCCCAUACGCACAGCAGUUGUUUUUCAUUUCUUAGGCAGUAUGCUGAGGAUUCUUUCUCCAGGGCAGCUUGUUUGGUCACUCCCAAAAGUAUCAUGUCUUAUCCACAGGUUUGGAAAGGCCAGGGAUCAAGGAAAUGGAAACAUGGGCAACAUGAUGGUUUCUUUGUUCAAUUUGAGACCCCUUUCCUGCGAAAGCUGUGGUUUAUUCCUAGUUCUAGUGAACUAGGCCAGACAUUGUGCAGGGAUCCGGAGGAUUUAGACAUCGGUGCCCACGAAUUGAUUCCACGCCUAUUCAAACAGUACAAUUCAUAG